ACAUUCUAGCUUACAAGUAUGUUCAAAAUAUAGUCUAUAUAAAGCACACUAAUAUAACUUAUAACACCAUACCACUAUUCUCAACUUAAUUAAUAAACACUUGAAAUUUCUCAUCCAAUUAAUAAUAUUUUUAUUACUUCCUUAAUUUGUUUUCUCCCUAAAUCUUAAUCUUGUUUAGUCGUCAAGCUAUGGAUUACGUGAUCCGUAACAGGAAGAAAGGGAUAAUAAAUAUCCCGAAAGAGGGGAUUAAACCCUUAACGAUUAGUUGUAGUGGAGAAUUAACGAUGUUAAGAGAAGAGAGGUUCGAGUUAUUAAGUCCAUCAUCGGUAGCGUUUCAUAAGCCAGAUUUCAACAUACAUGUUGUAGCAGUUAUGGGUUUCAGCACUCCUGUUGAUGUUGACCUUUUGAAGGCCAAAUUUCCAACCACCCUUUGCAAGCACCCUCGUUUUUCUAGUGUUGUGGAAGGAGAUCCAUGUAAAGGAGAAGAACUAAGAUGGACAAGAACAGAAGUAGACAUAAACAAACACAUCAUAGUUCCAAAAAUAAACCAUCCAGCCAUAAAAUCACCACAAAAUUUCGUUGAAAACUACAUACACAACCUAAGUAAAACAACCUUAGACAAAUCAAGACCACUUUGGGAAGUCCAUGUACUUAACCUAAACAUCUCUGAUGAAGUUAAGGGCUUAACAAUAUUUCGUAUCCAUCACUCACUCGGCGAUGGCACGUCUCUAGUCUCUCUAUUAAUGGCCCUUACGCGUAAGACCUCUGAUCCCAACUCCUUACCAACCAUUCCCGGUCCUAAAAUACGCGAUGAUAGUAAAAAUAAUCGUAAAUGGUUACUUUUUAGAUGGAUUUUUGCGUUAUGGAUGAUACUAAAAUUGGUUUGGAAUACUUCAAUGGAUAUAUUGAUGUUCAUAGCAACUACGUUGUUUUUGAAGGAUAAUUCUCCAUUUAAGGGUUCUCCUAAUGGAAGUAGUGCUCCUAGGCGUGUUGUUUACAAAAGUUUUAGUCUUGAUGAUAUGAAAUUGGUCAAGAAUGCAGUUGGUGCUACCAUCAAUGAUGUCGCGCUUGGAAUCACACAAGCUGGUUUAUCUCGGUAUCUUAGCAGGAACUGUGUAAAUGAAGGAAACAGUCAUGAAGAUGCGAGAAAGAAAACAAACAAGUUUCUGAACAAUAUUCGUCUUAGAUCGGUUCUUCUAGUGAAUAUUCGACCGUCUGGAGGACUUCAGGAUUUAGCAGAUAUGAUGGAGAAAGAUGCAGAAGUAAAAUGGGGAAAUGCAUUAGGCUACAUGCUUCUUCCAUUUAACCUUGGAUUGCAUGAUGAUCCCUUGGAUUACGUCCGAAGUGCCAAGAAAACCGUUGAUAAAAAGAAGCAUUCUUUAGAAGCCAUUUACACUUUUUUCAUGGCUGAGAUUGUUAUGAAGUUUUUUGGUUCUAAGGUAGCAAGUGGUAUAUCUGAUAGAAUAAAUGCGAAUACAACAAUCGCCUUCUCAAAUUUAGCUGGACCAAUGGAAGAGAUAGGCUUUUAUGGCCUUCCAAUGACUUUUCUUGCCCCAUCUUCCUAUGGUCAACCACAUCCGGUGAUGAUAAACUUCCUAAGUUAUAGUAACAAGAUGACAAUAGUUCUGGCUGUGGACGAACACGCAGUUCCAGAUCCUCAUCAAUUGUGUGAUGACAUUGUUGAUUCUCUCAAACUAAUCAAGGAUGUUGUUAUAGCUAAGGCACUUGUUAAGGAACCUGCACAACAUUUAUAAGGCCGGACUCGGAAUCGGAGCUAAUUAUCGGAUCUUUGUCCAUAAACCCUUCCUAGUGGCGGAUCUAUGUAGGUGCAAGGGUGGUCGGUCUCUCGACAUCAACACCUCAUAAUAAAAGGAAACAAUCGACAAAGCCGUCCUUGUAUUAUUUAUUUCUUUUGAGAAAAAUGUAAAUAAUAUAUGCAUUAGUUUGGCGCCUUGGGCGAUGAUAAAGGUCGCAAGUUGCUACAACAUUUAGUUGUCGCAAUCUUACGUGUCGGAGUUUAAUUGGUACAUAUAGGCGUCACGUAGGUUAUGCGGUCAUCAUAAUAUUUUUACUUCAAUGCAGUAUUUUUACUAUUAAAAUAUGUAAAUAAGGUAGUCGAUAUGAAGAAGGAAACAAAUUAGAAUAUUAAGAUUUUCUUACAUUUUUCUGUAACAUGUACAAUUAGUUAUGUAAGUUAAAUAUUUUUGUUUCCAAUUUAAA